UAUCUUUCUUCCGAAAGAGAAAAGAAAAAUUCCAAGGAUUAUAAUUAUACGUUAAGAUAUUUCAAUUUGUUUAUUAUUGCAAUGGCAAAAUCUGGUAAAAUGAUCGCAUUGAUUUGUCUUCUGAUGCUUUUGGAAGACUACAGUCAUGCCGCAAGACCAUCCAGUUACAACAGUCCAACUUUAUUCAUGAUCGGUGGUGUCCUUUCAAACAACGAAAGCAAAAAUUAUUUUGGUGCCACCGUUGAUCAUUUGAACUUUGAUUCACAAUACGUGAACAAGGGUAUAACUUAUCAACACACUGUCAUCGAAAUGGAUUCCAAUCCAAUCAGGACAGCUCUAAGCGUUUGUAAAUCUCUAAUCGCUAAGCAAGUUUACGCAGUAGUUGUGUCUCAUCCUUUAACAGGUGAUUUGUCACCAGCUGCUGUUUCCUAUACCAGCGGUUUUUAUCAUAUACCUGUAAUUGGUAUAUCAUCUCGUGAUUCAGCAUUUUCCGAUAAAAAUAUUCACGUGUCUUUCUUACGUACCGUCCCACCAUAUUCUCAUCAGGCCGAUGUGUGGGUCGAAUUGUUGAAAUAUUUUAACUAUAUGAAGAUCAUCUUCAUACACAGUUCGGACACCGACGGUCGUGCUUUGCUCGGACGUUUCCAAACGACAUCACAAAAUUUAGAAGAUGACGUUGAAAUCAAAGUACACGUGGAAUCCGUAAUAGAAUUCGAGCCAGGUCUUGAAAGUUUUAUGGAACAUUUGAUGGAUAUGAAGAACGCACAAGCCAGAGUCUGUUUGAUGUACGCAACGAAGACAGAUGCAAAAGUUAUCUUCAGGGAUGCGGCAUCAUUAAACAUGACCGGAGCUGGAUACGUUUGGAUUGUUACCGAGCAAGCAUUGGAUGCACCUAACGCACCAGAAGGUCUUCUUGGAUUGAAAUUAAUUAACGCGAGCGCAGAGAAGGCUCACAUCAAGGACAGCCUAUAUGCUUUUGUCUCUGCUUUGCGAGAAAUGAAUGAAACCGAAGAGAUCACAAGUGCUCCCAAGGAUUGCGGUGAUUCCGGAUCGAUAUGGGAAACUGGGAAGAAACUUUUUGAUUACAUACGUCAACAAGUUUUACCACAUGGAGAAACUGGCAGAGUUGCUUUCGACGAUAAUGGCGAUCGUAUUUUUGCUGAAUACGAUAUCAUUAACAUCAAUGAGGAUAGUCGGCAAGUUUCGGUUGGACAAUACUUUUAUCCAGCUAAUGGAACAAAAAUGAGAUUAAGAGUGAACGAGUCUAAUAUCACGUGGCCUGGGCGUUUAAAAAAUAAACCCGAAGGUUUAAUGAUACCAACGCACUUAAAGGUUUUGACAAUUGAAGAGAAACCUUUCGUUUACGUACGUGAAGCAAGCGAAAUUGAUUGCCUGCCUGAUGAAAUAGCAUGUCCUCAUUUCAAUGUUACCGAUCACGAGAACUCGAAAAUAUAUUGUUGCAAAGGUUAUUGCGUAGAUUUGUUGAAAGAAUUGUCUAAGACUAUCAAUUUCACUUAUAAUCUUGCCUUAUCACCGGAUGGUCAAUUUGGCAGUUAUGUUAUUAAAAAUAGUUCAGUCGGAGGGAAAAAAGAAUGGACAGGACUAAUCGGAGAAUUGGUGAACGAACGAGCAGAUAUGAUCGUUGCACCAUUGACGAUUAAUCCUGAACGUGCUGAAUUCAUCGAAUUCAGCAAGCCAUUCAAAUAUCAGGGGAUAACUAUACUAGAAAAAAAGCCAUCCAGGUCGUCAACACUGGUAUCUUUCUUACAACCAUUCAGUAACACCCUUUGGAUCCUGGUGAUGGUUUCGGUGCACGUAGUGGCGCUAGUUCUGUACCUCCUCGACCGGUUUUCACCUUUCGGGAGGUUCAAACUAGCUAAUACUGACGGCACCGAGGAAGAUGCCCUCAAUCUCUCGAGUGCCGUUUGGUUUGCAUGGGGAGUAUUAUUGAACAGUGGAAUUGGAGAAGGUACUCCAAGAAGUUUUUCAGCACGAGUAUUGGGUAUGGUAUGGGCAGGAUUUGCUAUGAUCAUCGUAGCAUCUUAUACAGCUAAUCUGGCUGCCUUCCUUGUAUUGGAACGUCCUAAAACAAAAUUGACCGGUAUCAAUGAUGCCCGACUCAGGAAUACUAUGGAAAAUUUAACAUGCGCUACGGUUAAGGGAUCAGCAGUGGACAUGUAUUUCAGGCGACAAGUUGAACUCUCUAAUAUGUAUCGAACAAUGGAAGCUAACAAUUAUGAUACAGCCGAAGAUGCUAUACGUGAUAUAAAAAUUGGGAAAUUAAUGGCAUUCAUCUGGGAUAGUUCACGUUUGGAAUUCGAGGCAGCUCAGGAUUGCGAGCUAGUAACUGCUGGUGAAUUAUUUGGUCGUUCUGGUUACGGAAUUGGCCUGCAGAAAGGUUCACCCUGGGCGGAUGCCGUGACACUGGCAAUUUUAGACUUUCAUGAAAGUGGUUUUAUGGAAAGUCUCGAUAAUCUUUGGAUACUCCAAGGGAAUCUACAACAAUGCGAACAAUUUGAAAAAACUCCGAACACUCUCGGAUUGCAAAAUAUGGCGGGAGUGUUCAUAGUGGUCGCGGUCGGUAUCUUCGGUGGUAUCGGAUUGAUUAUUAUCGAGAUGGCGUACAAGAGGCAUCAAACUAAAAAACAGAAGAAAAUGGAACUGGCAAGGCACGCAGCCGAUAAAUGGAGAGGAACGAUCGAGAAGCGGAAAACACUUCGAGCUUCGAUAGCUGCACAACGAAGAAUUCAAAGCAAUGGCCUGAACGAUCCAACGACCGUCAGCUUAGCAGUCGAUACGGUCGCCAGAUGCACCGUCGCACCACGUAGCCCUGGAAGGGCAUGGCCUGGAGAUAGUGAUAUACGUCAACGACCAAUGUCACGUUCUGAAGACGUAAGAUUAUCACCCGCCGUUUACACCGCUGAUGUAUCUCAUCUUGUAGUUUAAUUAUUAUAUAUAUACAUACAUAUAUAUAUAUUUAUAUAUAUGUGUGUGUGUGUUCACACAAAAUAGUUUUUUAAUAUGUACAACUAUUUCAUAUAUACAUAGUAUUAAUGCAGAUUACGAACUCUGAUGGAAUUGUAUUAAUAGUUACAAAUUAGGAGGUCUCGUUCGUUGAAUAAAAGAAAAUUCUUUGAUUGUUAUAA